AAAGUGCUCUGCCGAUUUUCCGCGAUGCAGUAACUCGAUACGUACAUAAUCGUUUGCGCUUCUCAAAUAAAAAAAAAAAAAAAAAAAAAAAAAAAAAAACGCCUUUUAACUUUCUAAAAAACCGGUCAGAGUGGCAAAACUAACAAUCGAAAAAACGUUCGAUCAUGACGGUAUUUAAAUGCCGCAUCGUUCGUACCGAUUUCCCUGUCGACGAGCUAUCGUCUUAGAGUGAGGAUGUCGAUUUUUAUACUAGUGCUGCUGACGCUCGGUUCCGCGAGAUCGUCAGCGCCCAACUACGGGGAAGUGGCGGACAAGCAGUUCCUCAGGGAGAGGCUGUCGGUGUUGCAGCCCGAAGCGAUUUUCCGAGAGUUUUUCGAGGACAAAGGAGAUUGGCAGUUGAACGAAGGAUGUGCCAGGGAUUUGAGGGUAUUCCAGCAGGAUUUGGAGCGGCGCCGCUCGUGGGCUUUGAGAAUGUUGGACGCCUCGUCGACGGUGUCAUCGGGCGUGCUCAAGGGCAACUUCAUCGAGCUGGGCUCGUUCGACGAGUGCGUCGAGAUCCACGAGGUCAAGGACGACGGGACGGGAGGUCGUCACUGCAUGUACACGGCCGGUCUGAGCAAGCCUCAGGAAGACGACUUUCCGGUGCAUCCCAGCAUGUCGAUCUGUCUGCCUACGAGCUGCGAUGAGGAUGACGUCAUGGCUUUGGUUCACGGGAAGAUCCAGAGGAACGAGACGACGAGAAGGGAACUCAAGGUCUUGUCAACAAGCUGCACGAGCAUCGAGCCGAGGCUCACGGAUACGGCUUUCUGGAUUUCCCUCGCCUUCUACGUCCUUUGCAUCGGCUUCGUGACCCUCUGCACCCUGUGCGACCUGGUGAACCGAUGGUUCGGAGUCGAGCAGGAAAACGCCGGGACUCUGUCUCGCUUCUCUGCGUUGAAAGCCCUCAGCAAGAUCCUGAGUACCAGGACGCAGGAGGACGAGAUUCGACCGCUGCACGGCAUGAGAGUCUUGAGCAUCGCCUGGGUGGUCUUGGUGCACGAGUACUUCCUGCAUGUGUUCAGUUCCACCGUCAACAUCAUCGAUGUGUCCUCUUGGCUAGGCACGUGGAUGGCGUUGGUACCGCUUAUCGGCACCUACGCCGUGGACACGUUCUUCGUGAUGAGCGGAUUCCUGAUGACGUAUAACUUCUUCAAGAAGAGGCAAAAGAACGAGGAGAGCUUCAACGUCCUUUACCACUACAUCCAUCGAUACCUCAGGUUGACCCUCCCGAUAGCGGCCCUCGUCGCUUCGAUGUUUUUAAUCCUGGUCUAUCCCCUUUCCGGGGCCCUGUACGAGUGGAUGGAGUCGGUCUUCUUCACGGGUUGCCGGGACAAGUGGUGGUCCGUCUUGACGUACACGCAAAACUUCGUCGACCCCUCGAAUCGCUGUUUGCAGCACCUCUGGUUCAUGGCGGUAGACAUGCAGCUGUUCUUGAUAUCGCCGCUGAUCCUCUACUCGCUGUACAAGGUGCCGAAAAUCGGCCUAACGUUCCUGACCUGCUUGUUCUUCGGGUCGAUCGCUUCUAACGCGGCGAUAGUCGGCGUCAACCGAUACGCCGCCACCUACCUCGACCACACGGCCAACAUCCAGCGCGUCCUGAAGAUGUUCGACGAGAUUUACCAAAUGCCCUACACCCGAGCGGGUCCCUGGCUGAUCGGUAUUGCCUUGGGCUACAGGAUUACCCGUGGCCUGGAUAAACCUUCCAAGGCGUGCAUCUUCACUGGAUGGCUGCUGGCGAUAUUGGCUUUUGCCUUCUGCAUCGUUGGCACAAAAUCGCUGUUGGAUCUGAACUACGAGUACAACUUGACGUGGGAAGUGAUCUUCGCGGCGCUUUCUAGACCCCUCUGGGGACUUGCCGUUUGCUGGAUCAUCUACGCCUGCCAUCACGGCUAUGCGGGUCCGAUCUCCACGUUCCUGUCUUGGAAGGCUUUCGUACCCCUGAGCAAGUUGUCCUACUGCACCUACCUCGUGCACCUGCUCUUUCCGUUCGCGCGAUUCUCCACAGCGAGGACUAAAUCAUACUUCAGCGAUUACGUAAUACUGAACAAUUACGUCGGGGACAUCGUGCUGUCCGUCGUGACCGCCUUUUUCUUGAGUAUAGUUUUCGAGAUACCGAUGCAAGUUCUGGAUAGUUUGCUAUUCAAGAAGAAAAAGUAAGCUCGUUUACGGGAAAUAAGGAAACGAAAUCUGAUGACAAUUUGCGCGAGUGCAGUGGAUUUCUGACGAAAUCCGAAAUCUGCCUGCCGACAAUUCGACUCAUGCGGGAGAAAGAUGUGAGGAAACUUACUGCAAGUAGAUUUUAAUGGAGAUAAAUAUGUAUAUAAGAUAUUCUGAUGCUAUCUUUUGGUACCGGGAUAAGAAACUUGUGAUUAUCUUUUUUUUUUUAUAAACGGCGUGACGUGUGUGGACUAUGUAUUAUUUAUUGUGCGAAAUGGUAGACUAUGUGAAUGGGUGCUAUAUUCGGUACCCCGUGUAAUGUAUUUAUAUAAUUAUAUACAUGUAAAAUAUAAACAUUUUAUACAAAAA